GUUGCCUGUAGCCCCCCCAGUGACCACCGUGACCACCGUGACCACCACAGCCUGCCCCUCCUGCCCCUCCUGCCCCUCUCCAGCCCGAGGUUGUGUGAAGCUUGUCCAGCACUGAGUAGCUGCCCUGUCCGUGUUCGGGGGGUUGCUGGACAACUAGCCCAGUCACCAUCGUAGAUAGACUGUUAGACUCACCAAGCAACUCCGAACCCCGGUCUAGUUCAUUGCAGUCAUCCAUCCAUCCCUCCCUCCCCCUCUUUCUUCCUGCAUCUCCUCCCACACCACCCUUUUCUUUCUUCUCUUCAUUGUUUUGACCUUUCUCUCAAUUUUUUUUUCCUUAAAGAAAACACACACACACUCACACUUGAGAAUGAUCUCGCUACGACAAGUCCUCCCGCGGACGGCCUUCCGCCGCGCGUACGGCACGGUGCAGUCGACCUCGCCCAGUGCGGCGGCGCUGGCCAGUCGAGUGCCGGCGGUGCUGCGUGAGGCGACCGAUGCCACCACGCCACGCACCAACUGGACCAAGGAGGAGAUCCAGCAGAUCUAUGAUACCCCGUUGAACCAGUUGACCUAUGCUGCUUCCCUCAUCCACCGCAAGUUCCACGACCCCUCCGCCAUCCAAAUGUGCACCCUCAUGAACAUCAAAACCGGCGGCUGCAGCGAAGACUGCAGCUACUGCGCGCAAUCCACGCGGCACAACACAGGCCUGAAAGCCACCAAGAUGUCCGCUGUGGACGAGGUGCUCACGGCCGCCCGCACCGCCAAGGCCAACGGAUCGACGCGGUUCUGCAUGGGCGCGGCGUGGCGCGACAUGCGGGGCCGCAAGACGUCGCUCAAGAACAUCAAGUCGAUGGUCAGCGGCGUGCGCGAGAUGGGGAUGGAGGUGUGCGUGACGCUGGGGAUGAUCGACGAGGCGCAGGCCAAGGAAUUGAAGGAUGCCGGCCUGACGGCCUACAACCACAACCUCGACACCUCGCGCGAGUUCUACCCGUCCAUCAUCACGACGCGCUCGUACGACGAGCGGCUGCGCACGCUGGCGAACGUGCGCGAUGCGGGCAUCAAUGUGUGCAGCGGGGGCAUCCUGGGGUUGGGCGAGAAGGAUGCGGACCGCGUGGGGUUGAUCUUCACCGUGGCCAAUCUCCCCAAGCACCCCGAGAGCUUUCCGGUGAAUGCCCUCGUGCCGAUCCCGGGCACCCCCUUGGGCGAUCGCAAGAUGAUCCCGUUCGAUCGCUUGUUGCGGACCGUGGCCACGGCCCGAGUCGUCUUGCCGGCGACGAUUGUGCGGUUGGCUGCGGGCCGCAUCUCGUUGAGUGAGGAGCAGCAGAUCGCGUGUUUCCAGGCGGGCGCUAAUGCGGUGUUCACCGGUGAGAAGAUGCUGACGACGGAUUGCAAUGGGUGGGAUGAGGAUCGUGAGAUGAUGGAGCGCUGGGGCUAUUAUCCGAUGAAGAGCUUUGAGCGGGAGGGCUUGGAGGCUGAGGCGCCCGGCAAGAAGGAGGAGGCCGAGCAGGCCGCUGUGUUGGAGGAGAAGGUGAGGGAGGUGUCUGCGCAGGUCGCGACUAGCUUGUGAUUGCUUUAGUGUGUAGAUUUUGAGGAAUGGCAUUUAUGAUUCGUAUACUUGAAGGUUGAUUGUGUUGCGGUAGUUUGGAUGCUUUGGAUCGGAUGUUGUACUUGGACA